GGCUCUCCCUGCUGCCUGCGCUUAGGUCCUUGGGCAGUCUUGUAGGGACCAGGGGCUGACUUCUGACCCCACCCUGCCGGGGCCUCUCUCUCCCUCUGCUGAAUUCUGCUUAGGUUAAUUAUAACUCUGACCUAAGUGCCCUGUGAGCACCACGCCCCAGUGGCCCUGCCUGAAGACCCAGCAACCAGGCCCGUGUUCUCUGCCAUGCAUCCCCUGGAUACACCCGCAUUGCUCCUGCUGCAGCUCCUGCUGGCCCCCUCAGCUCCCUUCCUGCCCAGCAUCUGGAGCCUCCUGGCUGCCCCCAGCUCCAUCACUCACCAGGACCUGACUGAGGAGGUGGCACUCAAUGUCACCCUGCAGCUCUUCCUGGAACAGCCACCUCCGGGUCAGCCCCCGCUCCGUCUUAAGGAUUUCCUGGGCCGCACCCUCCUUGCCGAUGAUCUCUUUGCUGCCUACUUUGGACCUGGGUCUCCUUCCCGGCGGUUCUGAGCAGCCUUAGGUGAGGUGUCUCAUGCCAAUGCAGCCCAGGACUUCUUGUCGACUUCCAAGAAUGACCCUGACCUGCACUUUGAUGCUGAGCAGUUGGUCCAGGGGCACAGAUGCCUGGUGGGGGCUCUACAGGAGACCCUUGUGGCAGCCAGAGCCCUUGACCACACCCUGGCCCGCUAGCGCCUUGGGGCUGCUCUUCAUGCCUUGCAGGAUUUCUAUAGUCACAGCAACUGGGUGGAACUGGGAAAGCAGCAGCCACACCCUCAUCUCCUCUGGCCAAGGCACGAAUUCCAGAGCCUGGCACAAGUGGGCGAUCCUACCUGCUCGGACUGUGAGGAGUUGAGCUGCCCUGGGAAUUUGCUGGGCUUCACUCUCUUCACCUCUGGCUACUUUGGAACUCAUCCCGCCAAACCUCCAGGGAAAUGUAGCCAUGGGGGCCAUUUUGACUGGAGCAGCUCCCAGCCACCACGGGGAGGCAUCAACAAGGACAGCACAUCCCCAGGCUUCUCGCCCCACCAUAUGUUGCACCUCCAUGCUGCAAACCUGGCCCUUCUGGCCUCCAUCCAGGCCUUCAGCCUUCUGCAAAGCCACCUGGGAGACAGGGGUUUCUCCAGGCUGCUGGACAUCACCCCAGCCUCCAGCCUGAGCUUUGUCCUGGACACAAUGGGCAGUAUGGGUGAGGAGAUUAACGCUGUCAAAAUCCAGGCUUGCCACAUUGUGGAGCAGCGGCGGGGCAGCCCCAUGGAGCCUGUCCACUACACCCUCGUGCCUUUCCAUGACCCAAGGUUUGGCCCCGUCUUUACCACCAGUGACCCUGACAGCUUCUGGCAACAACUCAAUGAGAUCCACGCCUUGGGGGGUGGAGAUGAACCUGAGAUGUGCCUAUCAGCCCUGGAACUGGCCCUGCUGCACACACCUCCACUCUCAGACAUCUUUGUCUUCACUGACACCUCCCCCAAGGAUGCCUUUCUCACCCACCGGGUGGAAUCCCUGACUCAGGAGCGGUGCUUCAGAGUAACAUUUCUGGUGACUGAAGAUCCAUCAAGGGUUCAGGGCCGAGCUAGGCGUGAGGUCUUGUCCCCUUUGCGUUUUGAGCCAUAUGAGGUGGUGGCCCUGGCCUCAGGAGGGGAGGUGAUAUUCACCAAAGACCAGCACAUUCAGGAUGUUGCAGCCAUCAUUGGGGACAGCAUGCCUGACCUGGUGACUCUUCCCCUGGAACCUCCUGUUGUAGUGCCUGGGAAGCCACUUGUGUUCAGCGUGGAUGGGCUGUUCCGGAGGGUCACGGUCCGUAUCCAUAGAGAGGUCAGCAGCUUCUGGAUCAAGAACCCUGCAGGGAUCUCCCAGGGCCAGGAGGAGGGUGAGGGACCUCUGGGCCACACCCACCACUUUGGGCAGUUCUGGAUGGUUACCAUAAAUGACCCCCCACAGACAGGGACUUGGGAGAUCCACAUCACAGCCAAGGGCAUCCCCUGGGUGAGAGUGCAAGCCCAGACCUCCCUGGAUUUCCUCGUCCAUUUUGGGAUCCCCAUGGAGGAUGGCCCCCACCCUGGCCUUCUCCCCUUCUCUCCUCCCGUCCCAGGUCUCCAGACCCAGCUGCUGAUAGAAGUGACAGGGCUCGGUUCCAGAGGCAACCCUGGAGAUCCUCUGCCGCAUUUCUCCCACGUCGUCCUUCGAGGGGUCCGGGAAGGUGCCAAGCUGGGCCGGGUGCCUUUGGAGGUGGUGGGACACCGAGAGCGGGGUCUCCUCGCUGCUUCGCUACCGCCCACGCUUCUGUCCACUGCGGGACCCUUCUCUCUGGAGCUGAUUGGGCAGGACGGAGGGGGGCGGGGCCUCCACCGGGGCCCGCAGCCCUGCACUGUGGUCCCUGUCCUUCUGGAGCUCAAUGGCCCCCCUCGUUUCCUGGACCCGGGCAGCAAGGCCCUGCUCAGCCUCCGCAUCGUCAGCUUCUCAGGCCCUCAGGAUCUCGAUCUUGGGACAUCUGUCAACCCCAGCUUCGCUCUCACCUCCAACCUCUCCAGGGUUUGCCUGGAACCAAAUGAGUCCGCCUGGGGGAGUCUGUGGCUGGAAGUUCCUGACUCAGCCGCCCCGGACUCCGUGGUGACUGUGAUUGUGACUGCGAUGGGUCGAGAAGCCAGCCCAGGGCCCCCAACCCAUGCCUUCCUCCGACUACUGGUGUUGGCACCGGCCCCGCAGGACCAGCUUGCUGCCCCUGUCCACUCGUCUGAACCCGUCCUCACCACCUCCAGCUCUGCCAUUCUUCCCUCUACUUUGACGACUCGGGGGAGGGCUGGGGGAGUGGGCAACGCCCGGUGGGGCACAGUUGGAGGGAUGCUGCUCCUGUUAGGCCUGGUUUCCUGGUGACACAACAGCCCCUAGAGGGCUCCAACGCUAUUUUUAACCUUGCCCCGUUGGUGAGAAGGCUAGGCUACUUGGGCUUCAGGGACCUACCUCUUCCAGCUGGGAUGGUGGUUUUCCUUCUCAUGCACUUGUCUCUUCACUUUCUAAGCGAGACUUGGAUGGAAGGCAAUGGAUUUUCCCACAGUGCACUUUCCCUAACCCUUGUGGUAACCAAACCAAAGACUCAUUUUUGGAGUAAGCUGCUUUCUAUUUCUCUGUAGCAUCUUUAUGCCACUACUUAUUCAUGCCCUCCCAAGCUCAGGUAGAGAAGAUAUAUGAGGAGGAGAUGAAGAUUGGGAGGGGGCUAAGAGGGUACCAGAAAGUGCUAUUUAUUGAAUUGUCUCUAUUUGAAAUUAUGGAGAGCUUCUAAUUUAUUUUUGUAUUUAAAAUUUAAGGACAGUUUAAAUAAACAUGUCUACUCCCCA